AUGCGACUCAUGCUCGAGGACGAUCGAACGUACGUUCCCUUGAAUCGUGAUCCCACUGCAAAAGUGCAAAGGGACUUGCAGAAGCUACUGGCUGACGGAUUUCGGCUUGUGCCUCCUCAGCAAAAGUCGCUGUAUUUUUCUCUUCUGUGUAACAAUGGCUCCGCUCCCGCUCUGUACGGAUUACCCAAGAUACACAAGGAGGGCGUCCCUAUGCGCCCAAUUGUUGACUUCACCCGCUUGCCUCUCCACAAGUUAUCGAAUUACCUUCACAGGAUUAUCUCCCCUUUGGUCGGCAAAACUGGAACGCACGUACGAAACUCGUACGACUUUAUUGAAAAAGUUCGCAACACGGUCCUACAUGACGACGAGAUCAUGGUGUCCUUCGAUGUGAAGUCACUUUACACAAGCGUGCCCAUUGACUUCGCCGUCAAGGUCUGCACUGACGCUCUCGAAUCGGACCCAAGUCUUCCAGAAAGGACACCGCUCGAGGCUCCAGAUCUCAGCAGACUUCUAGAGUUUUGUCUGAGCAACACAUACCUCAUGUUCCAGAAAAAGUUCUUCAAACAAGUCCAUGGAACUGCAAUGGGAGCCUCGAUCUCAGUCACCGCAGCGAACUCGGCAAUGGAGUCACUGGAGUCCCGUGCCCUGUCUAGUUUCAACCCACGUCCAAGGGUAUUCCUAUGCUACGUGGACGACUGUUUCUCAGUGGUUAAGAAGUCUGCUUUCAGCGCUUUUCUUCUGCACCUUAAUAGCAUGGAUCCAGCCAUACAGUUCACGACAGAGGAAGAAGUUAAUAGUCGUCUGCCAUUUUUGGACGUGCUCGUGAAACGCAAUGGCAGUAGAUUGUCGUUCAGUGUCUUCAGGAAGGAAACUCACACUGGCAAGUACCUAAGUUUCAGCUCUGUGCACCCGAUGUGCCAGAAGAAGUCGGUGGUUGCUUCACUUGUACGUAGGGCGGAGAAACUUUCCACAACUCCGGAGAACCAAGCGGCCGAGCUAGCCACGAUACGCCGUGACCUCUCAUCUUCGGGCUACCCCAGUUCGCUCAUUUAA